UACAUCCGCACAGUUUCACGCACAGUGUCCGCAUCCGACGCCUCUCGCGUUACGUCGUAUUCGAUAUAACCCGCACUCAUACGUACAUAUUUCUACCCUUCAUCGAUUUCACCGUUUUCCACAGAACAUCAUGACCGUUUCCCGAACACUUUGGGCGAUGGCCAUCGUCACCUUCGUAAUAGUCACGGUCGCUGGCGCCCAAGUUCGGUCGCCGUCAAGUUUAAUAUACGAGUUGGCUGACUUGGCGUUCUCCCGACUGUUGGCCCAUAAUUGUUACGAAGCGUACGACCCGGAAAAGUGCAACGAGCUUACCGACUUAUCGGCUAAAGACGUGCGCUUAUACUUCGGUGGCCUACUGCCCAACGACACCGUGAUGGCUGUGCUUCCGGAUGGAGAUGCUCAGCUUAACGGAAAAUCGCACGAUGCUUUCCUAGUACUCGAUCCAUUCCCUGCAUACAAGUUCGGUCAUCCCAUGUUCAUGUUUUACGUGGACACCAGUGUACCUCUCCGGAAGUGCGAAGAUACUGAAGGCAUCUACUCCACACUUGGUGAUAACACGACGGUGUGCGUGCAGAUGGUCCGAAGCCGGUGGUGUAACGAAAGGCCAAUGACAUCGUCGUGGGACUGUCAGGUGAAGUUUUUACCUCUAGUGGUACCCACGCGGAGCAACCGCCGCCAAGCCGAUAAUGUGCUCAGUUGUGUAGACCACAAGGACACGUUCCUGAUGAACUGUCCGCGACUCCGUGACGACGGCGCCGAGUUGUCUGAUGAAUGCAAUCACCUGAAAACCAACACAAGAGGCUGCGACAAAGGCAACUACAAAUGUUCAACACACAAACCCACUAACCAGGCUGUGAUGUUAUUUGGCGGUUGGAAUAGAAACACUGCCGAUUUUGUUUCCAUGUAUGAUUUGACAUCGCUCAGGGACAAAUUGGUCUCGUGGGGUUUUUCUGUAAACAACAUUCGAACAUUUUUCGCUAACGGCAUGGGCACCGGAAUCGACGACGACGGCACCGAACAUUCGACUUCCAUUAGCAAUGUAGAACCAGCUACUAAGUUGAACAUUCGGAGAUAUGUCAAAGGCAUUUGUUCGACGCCCAGGUGUGCUGAUACGUUUUUCUUGUAUUUGUCAAGUCCUACCAAAAGGGAUGGAAACACAUUACUUUGGGAUUCCAACGGAAACGGAAUUGCUGAAAGCGACGAAGUGUAUUCUUCCAAAGAGUUCAUACAUGAUUUAUCUCAUUGUUCAGCUCGCCGUGUAGUUGUAUUCGUCGACCAAAGUUACAGUGGUAUGUUAGCUCUUCAUGCGCAAUUUUCCAGGAGACGGAUAGAAAAUGUAAUGAUCAUUCCAACCACAAGAAUGGAUGACUGGACGCCAAGACAUAGUUUUAACGCAUAUAUGAGGGAAGGUAGCCGUAUGGCUUGUCUAUCUGAAUAUAUCAAGCCGUUCGAAGAAUCUCAAAUCAUGCCACCAGUGUUCACUGGUAUGUUUAUGGAGCAGGAGAUGAGAAAUAUAACAAUAUCAGGUGUCAGGCCUUGUGUGCAACGAUGAAACCACGUUGAUUUCGAUAUUAAACUGCCCAUUUACAUUAUUAUUAAAUAUUAUUUAGUAGGCAUACAUUGAAUGUGGAGCAAUAAAAAAUGAAUUGUUGUUUUAUUUAUGUAUUUUUUUUUUUAAGUAUUUAUACAUGUUUUGUGUCGUAAGAACAACAAAAGAAAUUCUUAUAUUUGUUAUUCAUUGAUUGAACAUGAUUAUUAAUUGUAUAUACAUUAUACAUUAUACAAUUUGUAUUGUAUAAUAAUGUAAUUAUAUUCUGUUUUUGCUAUCGAUUUAACUACUUGUAAAAAUCAUUUUUAAUAUUUAUUUAUUUAUUAUAAUGUUAAAUUGUUUAAGUUAUUUAUACGUAUGUAUUUUUUUUACAAAGUAGUUAAUCAAUUA